AUGCGGGCCGCGUCGUCGCCGAUGGAACCUCUCAACAAGAAUAUACUUCUGGCUGGAGAGGUGAUUGCCGAGAAGUGGAAGAUUGGGGAGAAGAUCGGAGAGGGCACGUUCAGCCAGAUCUACUCGGCGUACUCGAUCGAGAGUCGGGACAAAGUGGCGGUGAAAGUCGAAGCCCCGAGCUCGCUCAAGCCCGUGCUGGAGUGGGAGAGCUUGAUCCUCAAGAGUCUGCAGGACUGCCCCUAUGUGUGCAGGUACUACUACCACGGCAAGCAUGGAGACAGCACGGUGCUGGUGAUGGAGCUGCUGGGGGACAGCAUGUCGAUGCUCCGCAUAUCGCCGGACUCGAUGCACGGAGUGCCCCUGGCCAAGGCGGUGUCGGUGGGGCUGGAGAUGCUGGACUGCAUCGAGGCGUUCCACCGACACGGCUACGUGCACAGGGACAUUAAGGCUUCGAACUUCGCGCUGAGCGCGAUUCCGGAGCGAAACCCAAUGAAGCAGGCGCGGUACUACAUCAUCGACUUUGGACUGUCAAGACAGCACAUUGGAGAGGACCGGCAGGUGCUGCCUGCGCGUCCGGUGGCUGAGUUUCGAGGCACAUCGAUGUAUGCGUCGCUGAGCUCGCAUCGUCGACAGGAGCUGGGUCCGAAGGACGAUCUGUGGUCGUGGUUCUAUCUCGUCUUGGACUUUCUGCGCGGCGAACUCCCUUGGGCAAAUGAUGCGCAGCAGAAGAACCGUCAGACUGUGCUGAGUCUGAAAGAACACUUCACGGAAAAGAACCCGGGCUUGUUGGUGGAGGGUCUCCCUGGAGCCACUCAGUUGCUGGAGAUGAUGGACUAUCUGCAGUCGCUGAAGUACGAGGACUUCCCGGACUACGCCAAGAUUCGCAAGCAGCUUCAAGCAGUUGGGGAGAGUUCACUGGUUUCGGAGAAUAGUGACAGCGGCGACGAGGAAUCAAGCGCUGACAGGAAGGAAGCGCAAGCGGUCGCUGCUGUGUCUGAAGUGGAUUGGAGUGCUAUUGACUCGGAGCGUGAGCGAGCACUGGUAUGGGCUGGUAAAGCUGAAGAACAGAAGAACAGUGACGGAGCGUCAGACUUGCUAUUGACGAUUGCCAAGCGAUACAACACCUUCUUCGACACCGAAGGACUGUCAUUCAAUGAACGAGUGUGGGUCCAGGGCGCUGUGUAUCGCAUUGAAAAGAAGUCGCGCGCGAAGUCAAGCUUUCUCGCUCCUCCGCCCAUUCAGAGUUUUGUUAAACGCCGCCAAUCCGAGCAGAAGAUGCGUUCGGAUGCACUACGGAAGCGACGCGAGCGUGAUUUUCAAGUGCGCCAGUCUUUGGAGCUUCAGAAUGAGCAACGAAUGGCAAUGGCAGCUCCUACCCAAGGGUCUAGCGAGAUUGUGCGCGGGAUCGCUAGUCGGGAGGGAACACCAGAACUGCAGAAUGGCGUGAAGCGGCCUGUGAAGUCGGAGAGUUCUAUGGAGGUGUCUGACAGUGAGGACGUCGAAGCGAGACGUCAUGACCACGCUGCUGCCAGUGUUGCUCAAGCUCACGCAAACGCGCGUCCUUCUGCGCCCUCAGUACCAAUGCCACCCCGUCAGCCUCCAUCCAUGAUGCCGCCGGGGCCUCCCGGGAACCGAUGGGACCACGGCUCAAGCCAUGGCGCACCAUGGAGCAGGCAUUUAGCUAUCAGCGGCCCCAGAAAUCUCCGCGCGAGACUCAAGGUCGACACUAUCCACCGGAGAUCAGAGAGGAUCGUGGAUACGGCCCUCAGCAGCCGCAGAAGUCUCCUCGGGAAUCUGCGCCUGAGCGGCACUAUGAUGUCCCCAGGGAGGGGAGAGAGGAGCGCCGUUAUGGUUACCAGCGGUCUCAAAUCUCCCCACGAGAAAAUGCUGGUCGAAAUUACGAGAUUCCAGCGGAGCGCCGAUAUGGAAGUUAUCAGCGGCCUCAGAAAUCUCCGCGCGAGCAAUACCCGGUGGAGGGGCCGCCGACCCGCCAAGAAAAAGAACACUACUACGAAGCGAAGCGACAGCGCUCGCACUCACGUUCUCCGCGGCGUGGAGGAAGUCGCUCACGGCGCCGAUCCUAUUCUCGGUCGUCGUCGCGUUCGCGGUCGAGGUCGUACUCGGUUUCCCCGUCGCGGCAGAAAGGUGGAGUCAAAGAAGGCCUACUCACGCAAGCAACGCGCGCGCUCUCGCAGCAGCUCAAGAUCGCGCUCGCCGUCUGCGUCGCCACCGACCAAGCGCUAUCGUCGACGUUCGUCUGAUCUUAGUCAGUCCAAGUCUUCGCACCGCCACUCGUCGCGCCGCCGCUCUCACUCCAGUGAACGCCCGAGGGACUACCCGCCGAAGUACCAGAAGGAGCACUCCCCGAGGGAGUAUCCGAAGGAAUACUCGAAGGAGUAUUCGAAGAGCUACCCGAAGGAAUACGCGAAGGAUUACCCGAAGGAGUACGUGGAGAGCUACCCGAAGAAGUACCCCUCAAAGGACUACCCGACGAAAGAGUACCGCCGCCGUUCCCCCUCGCCUGAUCGCAGACACUCGCAUUCGCGGGAGCUGCAAUACCGGCGUUCCCCUUCGGAGGACCGUCACCGGUCUCACUCGCGCGAUUAUGGCCGAGAGGACGGCUAUUACGGGGAAAAGCACCGUCGGUCGUCCCGGUGGCAGCCGAGAUCGUAA